AUGAAGUACUCAAUCCAAACCCCUCUUCUUGUUCUUGUUCAUCUUGUUUUCCUCAUUGUGCAAACCCAAUCCCAAAGCACUGAUCUUCUAUCCAAAACAUGCAAGAAGACACCCUACUAUGACCUUUGUCUCUCAUCUCUCCAGUCAAGCCCUCAGAGCUCAAACUCAGACAUUGCAGGCCUGGCUCACAUAAUGGCUGAUCUUGUUCUGUCCAAUGCAACUGAUACACUGGAUUACAUCCAUAGCCUACUCAAGCAAUCACCAGAAGCAGAUUUGCAGAAGCCUUUGGCAAACUGUGCAGAGUUGUACAUUCCAGUGGUCAAGUACACUCUCCCACAGUCAAUUGAUGCUCUCAGUAAUGGCCAUUAUGGGUUUGCCAACUAUGGCAUUUCUGAUGCUGCAAAGGAAGCUCAGGCUUGUGAGAAGGGGUUUUCAGGGUCAACCAAGCCAUUGACCGAUAGGAACACUCUUGUGAGCUGCCUCUCUGAAGUGGCUGUGGCCAUCAUCAAUUUAGUGCUGGGAUGA